CCGAGGUUGCUGUCUUGUUAUCUUGCUCAACUGGAAUACCUUCAGCUUUAAAGGUCUUUCACAAAUUAUAUUCUCCUGUUCAAUCACACCUCGCCCACCAUGUCUUUAACCCCAAUCAUCACCUUCAAAGCGGGUAUCUGUGAUCUCGAGUCCGGCAACGUUGUCAAGCCCAAGCCCACCCCCGGAUACAUCUACCUCUACAUCGAAGAUGAGCUGGUACACUUCUGCUGGCGCCCGAGAACUGCCCCUCACACCGAACCUGACUUGGAUCUGGUGAUGGUCCCUUCCGACGGAACCUUCACUCCCUACAAGCCGACUGGCAACGCUGCCCCCACCAAUGGUCGCAUCUACGUCCUGAAGUUCUCGUCGAGCUCGCAACGGUACCUGUUUUGGCUGCAAUCUAAGUCGCAGCACGAGGGUGGCAAUCCCAGCUGGUUCAGCCCCAGGGAUAUCCGACUGGGUGAGAUCGUCAACACGUUGCUGCAGGGUGAGGAGGUGGACGUCGAAGAAGAGAUUGCCAACUUGCCUCGGGGUCCCUCGAGCGGUGGCGACGACGACGAGACCAUGGAGGAUGUAGAGGGUGUGGACCACGACCCCAGCCACAACCGCGGAGGUAACAGCGGAGGCGCUGGCCCCGAUGCUACCGGGGGCGAUGUCCGGGAAGAGGGCCAAGGAUCGAGGGAGGGCGGUGCCGAUGGUGGAAGAGCGGCCGCUGCCGACUCGGAUCCUUCAUCUGUCGUGCAGAGCUUUCUGCAGUCUCUGGGCGGGGGUGCGCGCCAAUCCCAAGAUCCCGAGCGGCCUUUCACUACUCUGCAAGAUCUCCUUCCUCCGUCAACUACGCUUCCCUUCUUGGCGGGCGCCGACGCCAAGACCGUCGAUCACCUGCUGAGCUUCUUGCCCCCGUCGCUUCUCCUCCUGGCACAAGACAUCGACGACGCGGCGGUGGCUGAUCAGGACCCCGAGAUCGCGGAAGCCGCCAUGGGGUCCCUCGACGAGGACCAGAAGAAAGACAUCCUGCGGAAAGUUCUGCACUCGCCCCAGUUCGCACAGAGCCUCGCCAGUCUGACCGUGGCUAUCCGAGAUGGUGGAUUACCGAGCAUCAGCGAAGCCCUCAAGAUCCCCGUGGAGAAUGGCGGGUUUAUGCGUAGAGGAGGAGUUCCCCUAGGGGGUGGUGAUGCUGUCGAAGCGUUCCUCCAGGGCGUUCGGAACCACGUGAAAGAUACGACAGCUGAAGGAAACAACCGGAUGGAGACUGAUUAGAUUCUUCUAGUUUUAUCCUGUCAAGAGUUACAGUAAAUGUUUUUUAUUCGAUGAUGCCUAAAUUUCCCAGUCAUUUGCCAGCCCUACCGUGUUCAUAUAAGGUAGGAUUAGUGUAUAUUAAAUAUGGAGUGAGUUAUGGAAGGGAGUUAACUUAAUUUGCGUUGUGACGCCUUGAGACACGCAA